AUUUAUUGAUAUGUCACCGUAUUAUUAAAUAUGGAUAACGUGCUGAUUGAUACGAUUAGUCGAUUAAUAUACCUCUCUAAACGGUGUUAUUAACAGUUCUGUAUACUCAUUAACAUUUUCAAUCGGAAUAACACUGAAUUAAUUUCAAAAUAUCACAAAUUUAAUUGUUAUCGCAUUUGAGCAGAUAAUAAAAAUGAGUUGUUUCUUUUCUUGACGAAGGUAUAAGUUAUCAAUUUGAAUGGCGCUCGAUAUCAAUACAAAUUAUCGCCGAGCUAAUGGUAAUUUUCACCGAAAUCUUUUUGAAAUACGAAGAGUAAAAUUAUGCACUGUAAUGAAACAUCUGUUUCACAAAACAAAAGCCGAGCGUUUAGUGUGUUUUUAUUGCACGCCCCUCGCGGCGUUAUCGUCAUCACGGCACAUCGACUACAAUAUCUGCCGUGACAAACUCCAGAUAGCAGCCUCUGAUAACACCAGUGCUAGCAGAAUUUUCCGAUUGUGCACACGCAUUCACUGAAAAUAUGAUAAACACACCGCCAAAUAUUCUCAGCCCGUGAACAGUGUCUGCGCCGUCAGUGUUCGAAAAACAUUUAAACAAUGCCGUUCUAAACCAAAAUGGGCAAGGUGGUUCAAACGUUGAACGCGUAUUUGUUAGACACGACAAAAUGUUGUAUGAGCGUGGAGAGACUCAAGCAGUUCUGCUUGUGUCGCAGAGGCGAAGGUGAAAAUGAGAUCGACUUUCAAAUUUAA